AUGGUUCGUCAUGGUGGCUGUCUCGGCCUUGGAUUGGCCGCAAUGGGCUCGCAUAGACAAGACGUUUAUGAACAAUUAAAAUUCAAUUUAUAUCAAGAUGACGCCGUGACCGGUGAAGCAGCUGGAAUUGCUAUGGGAAUGGUUAUGUUGGGGUCCAAAUCAACGCAAGCGAUCGAAGAUAUGGUUGCGUAUGCCCAAGAGACACAACAUGAGAAGAUCUUACGUGGUCUGGCGGUCGGUAUCGCCUUCACGAUGUACGGCCGCCUCGAGGAGGCCGAUCCCCUGGUGACGUCUUUGUGCGCCGACAAGGAUCCGAUUUUGCGUAGAAGCGGCAUGUAUACGCUGGCGAUGGCUUACUGUGGCACUGGAAACAAUCAGGCCAUCCGCAAACUCCUGCAUGUUGCCGUCUCUGAUGUUAACGAUGACGUUCGACGAGCCGCGGUUACAGGUCUGGGCUUCCUGCUGUUCCGGACUCCGGAGCAAUGUCCUAGUGUGGUGUCUCUCUUAGCGGAGAGCUACAAUCCUCAUGUGAGGUACGGCGCAGCGAUGGCCUUGGGUAUUGCUUGCGCGGGUACCGGCUUGAAGGAAGCUAUCGCUCUGUUGGACCCAAUGACUAAUGAUCCUGUGAAUUUCGUCAGGCAAGGCGCAUUGAUCGCUUCCGCCAUGAUUCUGAUCCAGCAGACGGAAUCCACGUGUGCCCGCGUUAAAGAUUUUAGAGCAUUAUAUGCUAAGGUCGUCGUGGACAAACACGAGGAUGUGAUGGCUAAGUUUGGAGCAAUUUUGGCACAAGGGAUCAUCGAUGCCGGUGGUCGUAAUGUAACCGUAUCUCUACAAUCGCGUACGGGGCACACGAACAUGUUGGCGGUGGUCGGUGCCCUGGUAUUCACUCAGUAUUGGUACUGGUUUCCACUUGCGCAUUGUUUGGCUCUGGCUUUCACGCCCACGUGUCUGAUCGCCUUGAACGCUCAGCUGAAGAUGCCUAAAUUGGAGAUCAAAUCAAACGCUAGGCCAAGCAUAUAUGCUUAUCCUGCGCCUCUUGAAGAGAAAAAGAGAGAGGAACGAGAGAAAGUCACCACCGCUGUGCUUAGUAUUGCGGCUCGUGCCAGAAGACGCGAGACUGAAAGAAAAGCCAGAGAUUCUCAUGAGAAGAUGGAAGUGGAUCCGCCUUCGGAGACGAAGGAGCUUCAAGAGGUAAAGGAAGCUGCAUCGUCUUCGAAAGAAAAGGAUGAGAAGAAGAAGGAUGAGAAAGAGGCUAAGGAAACCAAGGAGAAGCCCGAGAAAAAGGUGGUGAAAGACGGUGAUGAAAAGGAGAAGAAAGAGCCCGAGCCGAAUUUCGAGGUCCUCCAGAAUCCUGCGCGAGUUCUACGUCAGCAAUUGAAGGUCAUUCAGCUGGUCGAGGGUAGCCAUUACACUCCCGUUAAGGAUAUUCAGAUCGGUGGCAUUGUCAUGGUUAAGCACAUGCAGACGGACACCGAGGAGGAACUCGUCGAGCCCGUCGCCGCCUUUGGACCGAAGCCGGAGGAAGAGAAGGAAGCUGAACCACCCGAGCCCUUUGAGUAUACUGAAGAUUGAACGUCGGAAAUAUGCGUCAGCCUGUCGUCCUGUCAUCCAUUAUUCGCCAUCGCGAUGGCAUUGCAAUACGCUCGUCGUUACUUUUUGUUAAUGUUCUCGCGUUUCUUUUUUAUAUUUGGUUUCCUUUUGUGUGUCUAUUUAAUUAGCGGAAUACUCUGCCAGCUGCAAUAAAGCCGUUGCAUCUCAUGUUAUUAGUCUUCUACCUUAUAACUCUUUAAUUAGGUUCCUAAGCAGAAUUAAGAAGAUUAAUGAACAGCUCGUUUAUUUAAUUAUUUACGAAACUAUGAAUAGAAAUUUGUAGAAUGAUGCAAAACGUAUUUAAUUUUUUUUAAUUCUAGAAAUUAAUUUUUAUUAGCAAAAAUAAAG